UCCUCUUCAAACCCUCAAGCCCAUUCUCUCGUCACCCAACAAAGGUCACACCCAAACCGCCUCUCCAAAAACCCUAGAUCUCACGGUCCUCCUCUCACCUCAGAUCAGGUUGAAGAUGGUGUCUGACGCGAGCAAGAAGAAGGCAGCGGCGAAGAAGGCCGCGGCGGCCGCCAAGAGGGGAGGCAAGUCUGCUGCUGCCGCAUCUUCGAAGGCGGCGGCGUCUGCGGCGGCCGCCGAUGUACAGAACGGCGUCGACAAGAUGGCCGAUAUGAAAAUAUCAGAUCGGACUUGUACUGGUGUGCUCUGUUCGCAUCCUCUUUCGCGCGAUAUUCGGAUAGAGUCUUUAUCGGUUACUUUCCAUGGUCAUGAUCUUAUAGUGGAUACUGAGCUAGAGCUUAACUAUGGCAGACGAUAUGGUUUACUUGGACUGAAUGGGUGUGGAAAAUCUACCCUCCUCACUGCAAUUGGGUGCCGAGAACUUCCCAUUCCAGAACACAUGGACAUCCAUCAUCUAACCAGAGAGAUUGAAGCUUCUGACAUGUCUGCCCUUGAGGCUGUCAUAAGCUGUGAUGAGGAGAGGUUGAAAUUGGAGAAAGAAGCUGAAGUGUUGGCUGCACAGGAUGAUGGUGGCGGAGAGGCCCUUGAUCGUGUAUAUGAGCGUUUGGAAGCCAUGGAUGCAUCAACUGCAGAAAAGCGCGCUGCUGAAAUCUUGUUUGGUCUUGGUUUUAAUAAGACGAUGCAAGCAAAGAAAACACAAGAUUUCUCUGGUGGUUGGAGAAUGAGGAUAGCAUUAGCUCGGGCUUUGUUUAUGAAUCCAACCAUUCUGUUACUCGAUGAACCCACUAAUCAUCUUGAUUUAGAAGCUUGUGUCUGGUUGGAGGAGACAUUGAAGAACUUUGAUCGCAUCUUAGUUGUGGUUUCACACUCCCAGGACUUUCUGAAUGGUGUCUGCACAAAUAUCAUCCACAUGCAAAACAGGAAACUGAAGCUUUACACUGGUAAUUAUGACCAAUAUGUUCAAACCCGUUCAGAACUGGAAGAGAACCAGAUGAAACAGUACAAGUGGGAGCAGGACCAGAUUGCUUCAAUGAAGGAGUAUAUAGCCCGAUUUGGGCAUGGGUCUGCGAAACUAGCUCGCCAGGCUCAGAGCAAGGAAAAAACUCUGGCCAAAAUGGAACGUGGUGGCCUUACAGAAAAAGUGGUUAGAGACAAGAUUCUUGUCUUUCGCUUCACUGAUGUGGGAAAGCUUCCCCCACCAGUACUGCAGUUUGUAGAAGUCACAUUUGGCUACACUCCUGAUAAUCUCAUUUACAAGAACAUUGACUUUGGGGUAGACCUGGACUCAAGGAUUGCUCUGGUGGGACCCAAUGGGGCUGGGAAGAGUACUUUGCUGAAGCUCAUGACUGGGGAUCUGUUUCCUAUUGAUGGCAUGGUCCGGCGGCACAACCACUUGAGAAUUGCUCAGUUCCAUCAGCACCUGACUGAGAAACUUGACUUGGAAAUGUCUGCUCUCCUGUACAUGAUGAGAGAGUACCCAGGAAAUGAAGAAGAGAAGAUGAGGGCAGCAAUCGGGAAGUUUGGGCUGACAGGUAAGGCACAGGUGAUGCCAAUGAAGAAUCUGUCAGAUGGUCAAAGGAGCCGGGUGAUUUUUGCAUGGUUAGCUUAUAGGCAGCCUCACAUGUUGCUGCUGGACGAACCAACUAAUCAUUUGGAUAUUGAGACAAUUGACUCACUAGCUGAAGCAUUGAAUGAGUGGGAUGGUGGUCUGGUUCUUGUUAGUCAUGAUUUCAGGCUCAUAAACCAGGUGGCUCAGGAGAUAUGGGUGUGUGAGAAUCAGAAGGUGACCCGCUGGGAGGGUGACAUUAUGGACUUUAAGAUGCAUCUGAAGAGCAAGGCUGGAUUGUCUGAUUGAACCAGAUAGCAGAGGCUGUGUCAGCAUUAUACCAUUGUACUAGUCUAUCUUGGCUUAACAUUGAUCAUCUAUAUCACUACACGACUGGUAAAUGAUGCAUCUAGUGGACAUGUGAUCUCCCAGAGGAUUAUGAUGAAAGCAAGGAAAGUGGCAAACACAAGUGAUCAAGGCAAGGGGUUAUUGUGUCAAGCUGAUGUGUUUUGAUACCUGUCAGGUUAUUAUUUACUAGGAGGUGAUAUAUAAUUUUUUUUUCCUUUACAAAUAUACACUGCCCUUAUAUUAUUCUUGGUUAUCGGCUCAGAACCAGGAAAUACCUUUUUAACAAUGUUUCUUCUGGUAGACGAGAUGCCUAUGUGAACCUCCUUAUGAUUGUGCUUCAUUCCCUUUGAAUGAUGUGUUGUAGGCCAUUAUGAUGUUAUCCUAUUUUUUUUUCUCUCAAGUGAAAUUUGGUAAUGCAACUGCUAAUUCUCCCUUCAA